GUCCUGCCUCCUGUGACCACCGCGCGGGUUGCAUCCUGGCGUGUGUGUGUCCUGAACCCGCACAGCAACCCCUACCAGCCGGGUGGAGGGUCACCAACCAGCACCGGGUGGCGUUGCAGGAUGGAACAGUGAACGUCGACAAAAUGACGCCCGCACAGAAGAACGCCUACCUGGAAGCUCAUAUGGUCGUCCAGCAGCAGAUGGCCCAGGCUGCGCUUCAGCUCCAACACCAACACCAUCAGCAGCAGCUCCAGCAGCAGCACCUUCAGCAGCAGCAGCAACAGCAGCAGCAGCAGCAACAGCAGCACCUCCAGCAGCAGCAACACCAGCAGCAGCAACAACAACAGCAGCAGCAGCAACAACAUCAGCACGCCCAGAGUUACGCGCGUGCUGUAAAGAAGACUAAAACGAGCCACGAUAGCCAUGCCUACCACCAGCAGGCUCAGCUAGCCCCACACCACCACCCCCAGCACCAGCAGCAGCAGCAGCACCAGCAACAACAGCAGCAGCAGCAGCAGCAACAUCCUGGCAGUACGCCCUCCGCCCUCCCGAAUCCCUACACGAGCACGAUCAAGGUGCCGCAGAUCAGCGCCGGUUCACACGCGAGUGUGACCGGUGCCGGCAGCGAUACCGCCGCGGUUACUGCUGCAGCAGUGGCCGCGGCUGCGGCCGCAGCUGCUGCCGCCGCCGCCGCCGCCGCCGUUACGUCCUCCGCGGCCACCGGCACUUCCGCUGCGACCGCCACCACCGGCAGCGGUGGUGGUGGUGGUGGUGGUGCCAGCAGCAGUAGCAGCAGCGGAAGCAGCAGCACCUUCACCGUGCCGGAUGACGUCGGGAUGGGAUAUGAAGGUGGAGUACGCGUUCUUCAAAGUUUGGGGAACUGGUCACCGGAGAUACCGGCCAACAUCCCGCGCCCGAACCUGAUCCCGUUCACGGAACCGUACGCGGAGGGUGGCUCCAUGCAUCCCGCGACCCGCCUGAAAGCCCUCCAGCAGGUCCAGCAAUCGUCGGCGGCGGCCGUGGCGGCGGUGGCGGUGGCAGCGGCCGCCGCCGCCUCCUCCGGUGUUGCCCCCCGCCCGAAAGCCUCCCCGGCAAAGGGCGGCAAGGCGUCGGCGGGGACGGCGGCAGGUGGUGGGGGGGGCGGUCCGGCCGACGCCACCGGUCCACCGAAGCCCGUGUUCGAGUGCACCGUGUGCGGGAAGGGCCUCGCCCGGAAGGACAAGCUGACGAUUCACAUGCGCAUCCACACCGGCGAGAAGCCGUACGUCUGCGAGGUGUGCGAUCGGGCGUUUGCGAGGCGCGACAAGCUGGUGAUACACAUGAACAAGUUCAAGCACGUCACGCCGACCAACAUUGCGCCUCUCGGGAAGCGCCAGAACCGGUCGCUUACGCUAGUGGAAAAAGAAGAGUUCAAAAGCGAGGACAAUAAGCCGCCGGCGCUGGUCGACCAUCAGGCGCUGGCCACGCAAACGCUGACCACGGUCGUCAACAGCAUUGCGGCGCAGCACCACCAGCACCAGCUGCUUCCCACUUCCGCCGGUCAGCACGGGCAGGGCGCACCCUCGGAGCUGGCCGGGCUUGGGGUGCCCCAGCACCAUCCGCUCUCGUGGACGUGCGAGCUGUGCGGCCGGAUGUUCGGUUCGCGCGAGGAGUGGACACUGCACGCCAAGAGCCACCUCGAGGUGAUCGUCCCGCAGCUGCCCUGCCCCCGGCCGCCGGGCACGUAAUCCGCUUCCCGUUGGCCAUCGCCCGGUCGGCGGUCGGCAAUCGUCCUUUUACCCGAUCCUGCGUCCCGGGCGUCCUGUGACGCGCAUCCUUCGCCACGGCUUCGGAAUCGCAAACCCAAAACCACCCCCCCCUGCCCGGCUAGAGAGAUGCUGUGCACCCGGCAGAAGUCUCAUUUCCGGUGGGGCUUUCUUUUUUGUAUGAGCGAAAGCCCCAAAGGAUCUGACUUUUGGUGGUGGGGGGGUCGAGGGAAGCGAACGGAGUGCGGUGGUGGGUGUCCUCUCUUCGCUCUUCCAGCCACAUAUCAACCGCCGGGAGGUUUUUUCCCAUCCCGCCUAGCAUCCUCGCAACAUCCUCGCCGCCGAUCGGACCCCGGGGGUCGCGACUUACGCCACACUGGCCUGGGCCAAAAAUCGCAUUCUAUUUCGAGUUGUAAGAAACCAUGUACUACCAUAGAUUGUAACGACGACGGUGAAUUAUGUACUAAAGUAAAUAAAUUGUACUAAACGCACUGGACGACGCUUGGGUGUUGAGACUGUUACUGUGACUACUUCAUCG